UUGUUGUGCACUCGUGGGCACACUCAUAGCGCGCACAACCCUGUGACCUGUUACCUUGAGCUUCAGGAGCUUUGCUAAAACUACGGCGGAAUAGCCACCUCCAUAAAAUACAAAACUGCCCAUCCCUCGUUUGCCAACAACUGGACAAGCAAACAGAAGCAGAGGAAAGCGACCUCAGGCAGCUGAGAGGAUUAGGAAGCGACAUGGAAUUAGCAACAUUUCUGCUACACAGAAUGAGUGCUUAAAGAGGAUGCUAUUCAUGUGGCACAGUUUGAAGCAGGCAUAAGGUGCAGGUGGAGAUGGGCCUGGCUCAAGUUGGAGGCCAAAACAAAAAAAGGGAGAACACACGAGAUGCAAAGCCAGAGCAGAGUGUUGAAGUCCAGCAGAAGACCUCUGUGUGAACUUCUCCAAGUCCCAUUCUCCUCAUCCUCAUCACUUGGGAUCCAACUUCAACACAUCGCCUCCACCUUAAAAACGGAAAGUUGAAUUUGUUUGAAGAAGAGCAACACAAAAGUGGCCAUGAACGCCACGGGCUUCAACAGGACGGAGGGCAUGCUGUGCUGCAACCUGUCAUCCGUGGUGAGCGACGAAGGCUUGGCGGCCGCCUCCCCCGAAGAAAGGAGCCUGUUCGUCAUGCGGGUGGUGCAGAUCGCCGUCAUGUGCGUGCUGUCCCUCACUGUGGUCUUCGGCAUCUUCUUCCUGGGCUGCAACCUGCUCAUCAAGUCGGAGGGCAUGAUCAACUUCUUGGUGACAGACAGGAGGCCGUCAAAAGAGGUCGAGGCGGUCAUUGUUGGGGCAUACUGAACUAAAAUCCCUGGAUCGGGACUCGGGAGUUGGGACCCCUGUCCGUGCACAAUGAGAUUAACCCAGGAGGUAAAAACUGGUCCCUACCUUGGGGCUGUUGUUGUUGGGUUUUCUUAGAGGCCUAUUUGUUUAUAUUUCGUAUUCAUUGUUGUAAUGUCACCAUAGUUGCAGUCCUUGUUAUCAUUAGAUAUGUUGGUGGCAAGGGAGCAUCAUGUAAAUAUGUACUGUAUGUUUUGCAUACAAUGAGCACAAGUGUGUGUGUGUGUGUGUGUGUGUGUGAGAGAGAGAAAAAAAGAGAGAGAGAGAGAGAGAGAGGAUUACAUCUGCUAUAUUGGAAUAAAUUCACUCAGUAAUUAAAGACUCCACUCCUAAUUAAGGUCUGUUUUUGAAUUUUAGAUAUCUACUCACUCUUUAAAACCCAUUUUGAUUUGGUACAUCUCAGUAUAUGGAGAGGCAGAAUGUAGCAUAUUUCACUUUUCAGCCAUUAUUUGUGUGUAUGACAAUAACAUUCCGUUUUAGCUGAAAAUGCAUUCAUAGUACUUCCCAAUAUCUGACGAGUCAAAAACAUGUAAAUCUCUUAACAUCACUAUCCAAUGAAAAAGCAUGCAUCUCUAAAGGUUUUAUUUGUUUGUUUGUUUUAAUGUGGAAAGCACCAUAUAUUUAUUUAUGUAUAUCAAAUAAAUGUUGAUUUUUCUUUGUGUUUUGGAUUAAAAAUAAAACGUGGCAAAACAUGCUUUUCA